AACCACGUGGUGCUUCCAGAGAAACAGAAAAGAAGAAAUUGUGCAGUCAGUUUUGAAGCUCUGAGCAAGUGGUCAAACUAUUUGUCUGUAUUGGUGGAGGCUGAAGACAUGAGUCCAUGGACAGGGACUACUGAGGAACCUUCAUCAAGAACAAGGAGGUCCACACGCUAACUAGCGAUGAUGGUUUGCCCUCUGACAUGACCUCUGAGGAUGGCUCCACCCUCAACGCUAUAGGCCAUGCCCUCAUCCAGAUGCAGCAAGGUGGACAGACCACCCCCUCAUCUCAGUUCCUCAUCACUAGGAGCACCUCAUCUGGUUCAGAGUCUGGCCAAAAUGGUGAGUAAUGGAGGCCAAAUUUAUCAGUGUGACGAUACAUUUUUGGGGGCAAAUCCAAAAUUAUAUAUAGGCUUCGAUAAGUUAUCCAAGUGCUUGUACGUACUAAUUACAUGUAGAACCAUGAGUAUUAUUGCUAAUGUUUUAAUUAUAAAAUAAGGUUUCUUAGAAGUGGUGUUGAAAAAUAGUCAGUUUUUACUAUGUUGUUGUGUGUGUUCAGGUCCUCUGUAUGUGAUGAUCCCACCAUCCAGUAGUGCUGAGAUACUGCAUGCAAUGGGUCGACCUAUAGCACCCAAGAUGAACGGGAUAUCAACUAUGGAUUAUCUCACGGCCGACCCCAUCAUUCAAAUGCAGUUGUCUGGGGAUAUGGCCACCAACAGGGAAGCUCAGAGGAAGGCUACACACAAUGAAGUUGAGCGUCGGCGUCGGGACAGGAUCAUCGAGCUCAUCAAGGUACUGGCUCAGAUAGUGCCUGCUUGUCAGAAGAAAGACGCAACUACUGGUUCCAUUGUCGGGUAUAUAUGUGUACAGCAAGGGAACGGUACUGGACAAGACAGUGGACUACUUGAAAGAAUAGGAACACAAGCAUGAAAAAGCGCUCUGUGUACCUCUAGCUACUUCACGACAAUCGAGAUUAUAUUUUCUUUG